AUGUCCGUGAAUUUGCAAGAAUCCUCCUUAGGGCGAACUUCGCACACGAUACGAUUUCUCCCUCCCUACCUCUUCUGUGCUCCCGCCGAGACAGGGAAGAAGGAUAAAAUGUACAGGGAGAGAGGUGGAGGAGGAUCGAAGGCGAAAACAGAAACGGCCAUGGCUUCGAUUGGAGGCGAAGGGGGAUCACGUAUGGAUGGAAGAGAUCGUAACAAAGACCGUUUAUCAGCUGGGAACUCCAGGCUCUCUGUUUCAUCUUAUCCCGAUAAGAAACCGACUAAAGGAGAGGAAAAAGUGGUGGAGGAAUCAGAAACAGACAGCGAGGAGGAGGAAUCAGAUGUUAGUGGUUCAGAUGGGGAGGAAACAUCUUGGAUUUCAUGGUUUUGCAGUCUACGUGGCAAUGAAUUCUUCUGUGAAGUUGAUGAUGACUAUAUCCAAGAUGAUUUUAAUCUAUGUGGAUUAAGCAACCAAGUUCCAUUUUACGAUCAUGCCCUUGAUCUCAUCUUGGACUCUGAAUCCUCCCAUGGUGAUUCCUUUUCAGAGGAACAAAUCGAACAGAUUGAAUCAGCAGCAGAGACUCUAUAUGGUCUGAUACAUGUCAGAUUUAUCUUGACAACAAAAGGAUUAGCUGCUAUGCUUGAGAAAUACAAGAACACAGAAUUCGGAAGAUGUCCAAGAGUCUUCUGUUCAGGUCAACCCUGUCUUCCUGUUGGUCAAUCUGACAUUUCACGCCAGACAAGUGUCAAAAUUUACUGCCCUAAAUGUCAAGACAUUUUUACCCCUCAGUUCAGGUUUCAAGAUAACCUUGAUGGAGCUUUUUUUGGGACAACGUUUCCUCACUUGUUCUUUUUAACGUAUGGACACUUGAAGCCACAAAAGACAACGUUGCAGGAAUAUGUUCCAAGAGUAUUCGGUUACAAAGUCCACAAGCCAUGAAUCAAAUCACAUCAUAUUCAUACAAUAACACCAUAAUAAGAUUUUAUUUUAUUUUUUUUCUAUCAUAUGUAACGAAAAAAAAUUAAAUUAAGUUCUGUUGUUAUUGAUUAUAUUUUUGUUGAUUUUGGUUAGGGUUGAUGUCACUAAACUUCUAAGUAUACAUCAUAGAUUGCUCAACUUUCUAAUUUUGUAUUUUAUUUUAUAAUUAAGGUUAUUAAAUGGCAACGGAUUUUAAUGUGUAUGUAAAAGAUGUGUAAACAUGCUCAUGAGUCAUGCCACGACUUGACCUUUUUCUUUUGAAAAAAGAAAAUGAUGGAAGAGGAUUCGCAGUCAAAAUGUGGAAGUGGUUCAGAUUUUUUCCCCCCUUCAUGUUGAGUGAUUUCAAAUUUAAAUAAACAUGGGGUUGAUCAUAAACGUGAUAUUCUUUUUUAACUUGAAAUAAAUGUGUUUUGUAACAACUCUUGUGUAUCUUGUUAUGUAAGAUUUAUUGCAAAUUGCUUCCGUAAUUCCAGUUUAUAUGUUCUUUCGG